AAUCAUGCAAUAUUGAUAUAUAAUUUAUUACACAGUAGUACGUGCGCAGCCCAUAACUAAAAUGCGUCUCAGUGCGAUCAUACGUAGUUAUUUAGCCAUGAUUAUUUUACAAUAAUUAAGUCAUGGAAGAGAAACAUGCAAUCCGCACUCCACGCUGUCAGCCGCCGCCGUUAUUCAGCGUGCGGCCGAGGUCCGAGAUAAUAUCAUUGUUAUUCGUUUUCACGUAGUGUUAGAUGAACUAUUUCACUGGUGCUUACGACCUGCAUUCCCGGCGUCCGUUCCACUCGUUGUUUAACGUUAAACCAUUACAUUUUAGAGAUUUGUCACGACAUCCGUCGGUCAACGUUCGUGAUCGUCUGUCCCCAGACAAAAAAAAAAUCACAAUCAUCGGUGUUUUACUGUUGCUGCUGUUCCUCUCAUCGUCGCAAACGCUGGGUAAUUUUAUUUUGUAUUUCGUACAUUCAUACAGUCCGUCAUCAAAAUAAAAAUUUCCACCGACCGUUCAACGUAAAACUUUUACAAUGGAGAGUACUGCGGUCAACCGGAAAGGAGAAGAAACUGUCUUCGUUAUUGACGGGGAGGAUUUCUCCGAUCUCAUUGAAGAAUUGGAAAAAAAACAUAGAAAUAUAGAAACAGAGCCAGACCUCCACGGAAUAAAUUAUUCUUAUACUAGCAGUGAUUCGGAUGAUGUUGAAUGGAUCAGUAUAGAGGGAGGUGAUGGUGACGAACACUAUGGCGAAGAAACCAAAGAUCCUGCAGCUCCUGCAGAACCCAUAGCACCUGUGCCCGUGGAUGAUAAUGCUAAUGAUCCGCAGUGCAUACCAAGCGGUAUACGAUUCCACGAGCACGAUGACCGCGUGACAUAUUGUACAAAAAGCUCUGAAGGAUCAGAAGCAGAUAAUGAAUAUGAAGAAGAUUCAGAAGAUGAUUAUGGCGUUUCUCAGCGUCGUCGCCACCGCCGCCGGCACCGCAUUAGCAGACCACAUACGGGCAUUAAAAAACACAAAAUUCAGGGACUCCAGCAUAGAUACUACCGAAAACACCGAUGUAGCAGUUGGGAAUGGAUGAACACUGUCAUUAAAAAUGUCUGGGGCAUAUCUAAGGUUGCUGGAACGGUACAAUACUCCGAACCUUCUGUAACUACUGAUGAACUGUAAAAAUACUUAUUUGUUCGUUUCGUGUUAGUUUAAUAGUUGUUUUAAUGUUUGUUUAUCUAUAUCGUUGUAU